CAGAACAUCUGUUUCACUGCCGCCACCACUCUGGACUGGAUCCCCGGACUCUCGUCUCCCUCGCAACUACUCCUAGAGCUUCGUCUCUCUUCCCUCCCCACCUCCCCUGGGUACAGUAUAACAAGACAGAGUGACUUCCCUCCUCUCUCGUCUGAGCCACGGUUCCUGUCAGUGACUGGAGUUGUCCUCUCUGCCACUCUUCCUUCUGAAUACACUCAGUCGGCAUGUUUCCACUGUCCUGUGGAGGGCUGCAGUGGGAGAGGGAGUCACUAUGUGAGACUCCACGUGGCUGGAUCUAGUGAGGCUGCCACGGUCAGACCGUCGGUCCACUGCCACAUCUGCUCCUCUCCCCUCACUGAAGACCUCUCUCUCAGGACUAUUGCACACAAGAUGGUGGUGAAUGUGGUUCCUUCUCACUCCCUCCGUAACUCCCUCUCCACACCCUCACACCGUCACCAGGCCACACCCAUCAUCAUCAGAGGGGAGCUGUGUGAGGGUGUGAGGGUGGGAGGGGAGUACUCUGUGAUAGGUGUGCCAGUCCACACCCUCAAUGAGUCCUCUUCCAGGGCCUUUGUCUACACCAGACUGGAGAGUCUCUCACUUUCCCUGAAUGCAGCAUGUAGCUACUCUCCCUGGGCAUUCUCUGCCACUCUCGCUUACAGCUUCGCAGCGGAGGUAGUACCACCGGGAGCCUACCACCGCCUGAAGCUGGCACUGCUGCUGAGUCUCGCCAGCUCCUCCACCCCCUCCCCUCUCCACCUCCUCACCGUCGCCACGGAUACCACUCCCCUCCCGGCUCUCCUCCUCUAUGGCAGUUCACUGGCUUCCCGCUCCACACAGCUCUCCUCGACCUCUGACCUCUGGGGAUCCAACAGGAGUGAGGGAGGGGAGGUAGUGAUGGAGGGAGGAGCACUGGUUCUGGCCUCAGGAGGUGUGUGUGUUGUCGGAGACACCAGUCGCCUCAAGAAAGACAAGCUUCAUAGACUCCAACAUUCUCUGGAGGGACGGCAGGUGAGGCUGGGUGUGGAGGGCGGGGCAAGGGGCGUGGUCACCAAGACCUGCCCACUUUCCUGCUCUGUCUGGGCAUUCUCUCCCACCCAACCCAGCAAAGCCUUAGUCGAUUCAGUGGGCGUGGCUGUAUUCUGUGACCCGCCCACAUCGGGCGGAGCUGACUUCCUGUCAGAACUGACGACUCAGCAUCUUCUGGAGCGAGCACGAGGCUCUGCCACGCCCCCUCCCCUCUCUCACUCUCAUCUUCAACUGGUAGAAUUCUCAACUGAUUCUUAACCUUUGCAGAUCCCACACUUUUUUUACUUCGGAAAAAGACCCUCCACAUAAAGGAAACUUCCCUAUAUUAUUAUAAAGGACGCUUUGUUCUGCCCCAUACAAAAUUUUAUAUUGCCAAGGUGUUCCUUAGUUCAAUGUGUUCCCUCCACAGUUGUUGUCGGUAGUGUCAGGGGUGCAGGUCAGCCUCAGUCAGUCGUGUCAGAGUCUCCUCAAGUCAUUCUACCUGGCCAGUCGCAGGCUGAGGUCCUCUGGUCUCCACAGCUGUGACAUGCCACUCAACUCCCUCGAUGUCAUGAGUGGUCUGGCCGAGGCCCAUGCUAGACUCAGUCUGCGGGAAGAGGCAGGGGAAGAAGAUGGAGUUAUGGCCAUUCUCCUCUACGAGGAGUCUCUCACCUGUCGCUAUGGUAACUCUGUACUCCACCUCGUCCCCUCGCCUCAUUUCACAGACACCAACCUGUCAGCCUACCUGGGGAGACAGUUUGAUGAGAAGAUGAAGAUUCUCCACAAACACAUUCUUCAGUUCAGUCAUUCCCCCUCCACACUCUCUCUCCAGCCUGAGGAAUAGCACUUUACUCCAGUCAUCCAAACACAUCAUCCAGUGAUUGUAAAACACAAAUCAUGUAUAAUCCAACUAUCAACUAAUGUUAGAGUUUCUCUGGAAGUCUGUAUUUUGAGAUGAUUUGUGUUUGUCAUUUGCUGUCUUGGUGAUGUACAAUGUGGCAUUUGGCACAAGUCCGCACUCCGCUAACGAGGCAGAGAGGUCAGAGUACACCUGAUGAGUGACUCCGCCCACCAGCUGGUAGGCGGGGCUGGUUGGGAUGGAAGUGGGUGGAGUCUGAGAGAGAAGGUGUGUCCAGACGUCGCCAAUAGUGUCCCCAGUCUUCAUCUUCAUCAGGUAGGUGUGGUCUCCAGACUCCGACCUCACUUUCAGCGUCGUUAGAGAGGGACUACCCACUCUGUGUAUAAUGGUGUGUGCACGUUACAGUAGUAGAAAGUUUUAAAACUUGUGCAGGCCCAACUAUUGAUCCUGGUUGGCAAUGUUCACAGGGAAUAGGCAAUGCUCAGCCAGGUUUGUGUAUAUACGUGUGGAGAAAGAGUUGUACCGU